AUGGAAAAAAAUUUCAGUAUAAAAACACAUUCAUUUAUUGAUGCUCAACGUCAAAAUCGUCGUCGUCGUUAUUCAAUAAGUUCUCCAAAUCUAUUUGAAUCUCGUGCUGGUGCUAUUGUUCGACAAUAUGAUAAUAUUAUUAAUCGUUUAUCUCGUACAAAUUUUUCUAAAACAUAUUCAAUAUCAUCAAAUUCUAAUCUUAUUUUUUCAUCAACAAAUUAUAAUUUAGAAAAAUAUGAUAUUCUAUCGAAAUUAAAUAUUGGUUUCUUUGGUUCAACUUAUUUAAUACGAGAUUCUAAUGAUGGACAAAUGUAUAUAUUAAAACGAAUUGAUUAUUAUUUACCAGAUAUAUUUCGUAAACGUUUAUUUCAAGAAAGAUAUUUAUUAAAUUUUUUAAAAUCAAAUUAUAUUCUUUCAUUAAUAUCUUCUUAUAUUGAUAUAGAACAUAAAUGUUUUUCUAUGAAAUUUGAAUAUAUUAGUGGAAUAACAUUAUUACAUUUACUUCGACAAGUUCGUUGGUUUGAAGAAUCAGCUGUAGCAUUUUAUAGUGCACAAAUUGUUUUAGCAUUUGAAUAUUUACAUGAAUUAAAUAUUAUCUAUAGAAAUCUUAAAUUAGAAACUAUUCUUCUUACUGAUAAUGGAUAUAUUAAACUUUGUGAUUUUGCUUUUGCUAAAUUAUUAUCUUCACAUUCAAGUUAUACAUAUUCAAUUGUUGGUGUACCUGAUAUAAUGCCACCUGAAAUACUUUUAGGUCAACCAUAUUCAUAUUCUGUUGAUUGGUGGCAAUUAGGUAUAGCUAUGUUUGAAAUGUUAACAUCUUGUACACCAUUUUUUUCUUCAUCAAUGUUUCAAACACAUAAAAAUGUACUUAACAAUUAUCGAUAUAAAUUUCCAUCACAUAUAAGUAGUUUAGCACGAUGUACUUGUAUGAUGUUAUUGCAACCGAAUAUAAAAAAACGACUAGGUUGUUCAUUAAAUGGUAUGGAUGCAAAAGAAGUUAAACAAAAUAUUUGGUUUAAAAAUCAUGUUGAUUGGACUGCAAUUAUUGAAAGAUCUCAUCCAGCACCAUAUAGAAUUAAAAAUCUUGAAAUAAAUUCAAAUAAAACAAUAUCAAUGUUAAAUACAAUUGAAUCAAAAUGGUUAGAUGAAUAUGAUCAAGCAGUACGAUUUUUAAUGAAUGUUAAUUUUCCAGAUGAAAAUGAUUCGAUUAAUUGA